AUGGAAGAAUUAGAGAAUGCUCACUCACAAGCACAAGACUUUAUGACUAAUGAAUUAAGGAAUAAAACGCAGGAAUUAAGAACAAAGUAUCAGCUGAAUGAACAAAUGGAACGCUUUGAUGAAUUAAUAAAGAAUGCCAAGAAUAAACCACCGAUAGAGAAAAGAGUUCUUCCUGCACCUGAACAAAUAGUAAAUAGUAUUAUUCAUGAAGCCAAAGAGAAUGAAUUGAUGAGAUUACAACAAGAAUAUGAUGACAUCAAAGCAAAAAAUUGUGAAUUGAUGGAUCAAUUGAUCAAUCAGAAAAAGGAGUUUAGAGAUCAAAUUCAACAUAUCCAGGACACAAUUCAUGAAACUGAGAGAGGCUGUGAAGUAGCAUCAAAUAUUCCUGUGAGUGAAAUGAUUGAGUUGACAGAAAAGAUGAAGCAUUUAAAAAACUCGUGA